GUCAAAGUCGCAGUCGCAGUGUCGCAAUGUGAGCGAAACGCGUCUCUCAAUUAACUCUUCCAAUCAACACGAAACUUUAGCGAAAGUUUACGAGAAAGUUUGCUAAGUUAUUUUCGCACGGCAAUUCAUGUGCUAAUAGUGACAUUACGCAUACGACGUGUGUUUGUGUGUGUCAACAUAUUGUGUGUGUGUUUGUGAAGUCCAAGCAUUGACUGUGAAAUGAAAUAAAAUCACACAGAACAGCGGCAAAGAAUAAUUGCAACAAGCUGCAGUUGCAACAACUGUGAGCAUAUUGUUAACGUCUGUUUGCCUUUUCUGCCACACUUAAUGGCUUUGACAUUGACAACUUACUAGUCCCAUUGCGGCCUCGACCACGUUCACGUUCAUGUCCUCGCUGUCGUCCUCGUCCUCGUCGUCGUCGCCCUCGUUCUAGUUCCUGUGUAAAUAUUCAUUUUUCUAGCUUGGGCACGCAGGUGCAAAAGUUGUUGCCUGCUUUUAGCAUAAUUAAGCCAAACCCCAGCAAACAUAUUUUUUCGGGGUCCGCGGACGCAAAACUGCUGCAAACUCUCAAGUUGCAUGCCCCGUCAGUGCGUCAGUGAAAGUUUUGUGAAAGUUAAAGCUGCGUCUUAAAGUCCCUCACUCCAGCCAGGACGGCAUUUUUAGAGUGAGCUGUGGGCGUAGUCAGCAGUCAGGAUGCUGCCAAGUGACAGAAGCUCCAAACAACCAGCUUCAAACGCCACUCAUUCAACAGCAGCCUAAAGAGCGAGCAAUGUCCAGGCAGCCGACAUGUCCAUAUCGGAAAGGAAUACGCCCAGCCAUGGGGCACCCAGCAGCAUGGCAACGCCCUCGCAUCGUCGGCCACCGGACGUUGAGGAGGCGCUCUCCUCAAUGCUCUGGACGCCCUAUGAGCGCACCACGCCCACGGCCAGCUCCUCGGAUGAGGACGAUGACGAUGAGCGGCUCAAUCGUAAGUUGCGCAAAUCGCAAAGCAACUACGAGACCAGCCGGAGCACUGCCCUAAGUCAGCUUUUGCCACCACUUCCAUUGGAAACACCGCCAGCAUCUGCGGCUGCAUCAGCAUCAGCAGUAGUAGCAUCAGCUCUUCCCGUGCCUUUUCCCAAUUUUAGUUUAAGCGGCGGAUGCGCCUUCGAGGCAGCCAAGACGAGUCGAGCUGGCGGCCAUCGGAAUCGCUACUCGUAUCCAUCCUACUACGGCAGUCCGGCGCACACACUCACCCAAUGGUGUUCCUCGGCGGCCACGGCCAUCAAGGAGCCGCCCUCGUAUGAAUCCCUCUACGAGGCCAGCGUCUCCAGUGUGGGCGCGGCCAGGGCGAGCUUGGCUCGCGUCCAGCCGAACAAUUUACAAUGUGAUAGAUCGCAACGAUCCCGAGCAGCAGCAGCAGCAGCAACCACUACAACUGAAAAAGAUGAUGACGAUGAUGAUAAGGAUGACGAUAAGGAUGAUGUUGAUCAACUAACGGCAAAUGUUCCCGCUGAGCGUUUGGUGCGCUCCUUCACCGAUGACUACAUAUCGCAGAACUGCGCAUUAUACAAUCCAGCAAUAAACGACACACAAAAAGUAACGGCAACAACACAAAGGCCAACAACGACGAAUGCAAGAUCACAACAAAGUGCAGAAAAUCAAAGCGACAGCCGAGCGAAUUGCAUUAUCAAUGAAAACAGCGACAACAAUGUUGACGAUGAACAAGAAAUUGCAACAACUACAACAACAACUGUAAACGAGGAAACAGGCGCUGCCUCGGUUGCCGUCUCUGCUGCUGCAGCUGCAGUGCAGGUCAAUCAACCUGUUUCCUGUGCUGCAGUCAAAGCAACAGCAGCGCUCAAUCGCACUCUCAGUCUCAGUCAAAGCCUCAGUCGCAGUCGCAGUCGCAGCCGCAGUCGCAGUCACUGUGUCAGCGACAAUGAGCAGGCAGGCAGCACAACAACAGCUGCUGAGAGUGGAAACAUAACAGCGAAUGAGAGAGCAAGCACAACAGCAACUGAGAGAGCAAGCACAACAGCAGCUGAGAGAGUGACGCUGUUGGCCAGCGCUGGUAAGCGGUGCUCAACAGCGAUCAGUCUCUCGAGUUCGUUCGGCGCGUGCACAACAGAUGCGUACAACACCGGCAGCAACGGCAGUUAUUGCAAUUACAACAACACAUUAUCUUCGUGGUUGUCGCGGGGGCGCUACAACAGCAACAGCAAUACGUCGAGCAGUGUCAGCGCCAACGCCAGCGACAACGCUAGCAGCAGCGACGCGCUGCGGCCCAACAAAUGUUUGGCAGAACUCGAACGUUUGUAUGCCGAAUUUCGCGCGAGUGAAAGUCUCUUUGAGCAUCGCUUGAGUCAGUCGCAAAUUGAUAGCGAUAACGAUAACGAUAGCGAUAUCGAUAUCGAAACGACGAUGCGUUUGAAUGUGGCUGCUGAGUUGCCGACUGCAACGGCAACGGCAGCAACACAAACUGCAAAUGGCAACAGCAGCGUGUUUCUAAAAGCCAGCGACUGCAAUGACAGUGACAACAACAAUCAGGCCAAAAUAGCAGUUAGCAGCAUUGCAAUAACGCCCGCAGCAACAAAGUCCUGUCAAAGGCAGCCAAGUCUAACGAUACAAGUGAACAACGGCAACAACAACGGCAACAACAACGGCAGCAAUUGUGUCGCGUCGCCCACAAGCACAACAGUUGCGACAGCAACGCAAGAGCCAAGUAUUCUCAACAAUAACGGCGUUUGUGUUGUAAACUGUAAUUACAGCAACAACAACAGCAGCAACAACAACAGCAGCAUUGUUGCUAUUAAUAAUUGUGCGCCAGCGUCGAAAGUGUUUAGUGCAAGUGUCCAAAAUAAGCUCAAUAAUAAUGCCCAUGUGGAUGUGCAACAUGUUGCUGCCACCGACAGUGGCAGUGGCAACAGUGUCAGUGUCAGCGCCAGUGCAAAUUCAAAUUCGAAUUCGAGUAAUCUAAAUAAUAAUAAUAAUAAUGGUAAUGCCAAUGCAAAUGCAAAUGCUAAUACCAAUGGCAAUGAUAAGAGCAAUGUGAAUGUGAAUGUGUCCAGUGCUAAUAACAGUGUCAAAGUAAUCAAUGUUAAUGCAACGCCUCCACGCACUUUCACCUCAACCGAAUGCCAAACCGAUGAUCUUACUAACAACAACAACAACAACAACGAUGACAGCAGCAACAUCAACAACAACAACAACAGCAAUUCCCCCCAGCAACAGCAACAAUUGCAGCAGCAACAGCUGCGCACACGCGAGCAACGUCGUCGGGAGCGUCGCGAGCGGCGGCAGCAGCAACAACAGCAACAACAACAGCAGCAAUUGGCACCGCAGCAUCCGCGACGAUUGCAUGUGGAGCGCCAUUCGCCGCCGUUGCAUCCACCACCUCCCCACUUGCAUCAUCCGCAUCCCCAUCCACAUCCACAUGCACAUCAGCAUCCCCAUCCGCAUCCGCAUCCCCAUCCCCAUCCGGCAGCAUUGGGAUUGGCGCGUGCUCUGUUGCCCGACAUCCUGCACAGCCAUUAUCCGCCGCCGUACAGCGCGUUGCCGGGUGGGGGGCCACCCCCGUUGCCACCCCCGCCGCAGGUGGCUGCCCCGCUGCCACCGCCGCCUCCGCCACAAGCGCCAGUGCCAAUGCUAACGCCAGUGAUAUCGACGGUUCCGCUGCCGGGCGCCGCUCCGCUGAUGAGUGAUGGACGCUUCACGUUGCCGCUGCCCAUCAUGCGCAGAUCCCCCUCGGAGCGUUCCGGAAAAGGCUGUUGUGGCCAAUGGUUUGCUGGACCGCCGCUGCGCGCCCUCAUUGCUGUUGUCGCACUGGGGGGCGUGGCCUGUGCCCUUGGUGGCGCAGCGUUGGGCGCCACAGGUUUGGCUGGACCCCCAAAUUCGCAUCUGACGGCGGCCCUUUUGAUGAUUGGCGUUGGCGUUGUGCUGGUCACUGUGAGCGGUGCAGCUUGGCGGAUGACAGCACCCGGUGGCCAGAGCUGCCUCGGACUCGGCACCAGCGUCGAUUUGGCCCGCUGCGGACGUCGACCUUGCACCCGAGGCGGCGGUGCACCGCACGGCCUGCUCUAUCCGGAGUUCCAGCAUCGCCCACCGCCUCCCUCCUACCAGGCCAGCAUGCAGGAGUAUCGUCUGAGACUUUUGCUUUUGGACCGCGAUCGUCAGAAUGGAGUUGUGCGUGGCAACUCGCCACCGCCCACAUAUCGAUCUCAUGCCGGCAGCCUGCUGAGGGCACCGUUGACCACGUUGCGGUCCGGAAUUGGCAAUGGCGGUGGCACCAUCAGCAGCAGCAUGGGCGGCUCAGAGUAUAGUCUGCCACCUAGUUAUCGGUCUCGCAAUGCCACGCCCGCCUCUCUCACGCUAAGCAGUGAACGGACCAUAGAGACGGCACCUUCGGGCCGACUGCUGGCCAACGAGGACUUGCCGGAGCCAUCCGCCGUGGCGGAGCAAUUGCCCGACUACAGUGCGCUGCAGUCGAAUACAUUGCUCACCUCGGCCAUUGUCGAAAUCGAGUCGAGGAAUCGCAGCCAAAGCCAGGAAAGCCAGCAGAGCCAGCAAAGCGCAGCCAAAAGUCCAACGACAACAACAACAACAACCACGACAAAGGCCAAAGACCUGGUGACUAUUGUGACGAUAUCGCAGGCCAACAGCGAAAAUGUGCAGUCAGGUGGAAGGACGCAGGCUCAAUUACCUGGGCAGGCCAGCAGUGCACUCGAUCAAAUCGAUAUAUUGGCCCAUUUGUAGCCCUGCUGUGUGCUUCGAGAAACCCGAAGCUGAAAUCAAGUGGAAAACAUGGCACACAAUGUGAAAAUUCUCUCAGCAGUUUUCCAGUGUCCAUUUUUCUUCUGCAUUUCGAAUAUCAUUUUUUUUUGAUUGUUUGUUUGUUACUCUUAAAAACACACUCGUUAACCCAAAGGUAUUUAUUUGUACGAUACGAAAAACUAAAAAAAACUCUGCUCCUAAUUGAACAUAUAUAUAGUAUAUAUACUUACAAAAUAUAUCUAGAUAUAAAAUUCUGUAUCUAUUAAUAAGCGGCAUUUAGAUAGUAAGAUAUGUUUGUUGUACUUGAAUGUGUUGAAUUUAUUUUUGUAAGCAUAAGAAAUGCGCUACGUAUCUAUACUACGAACUAUCAUUAACAUACGAGUAUUAAAAUAUUCCAAAAACCAAAAAAAAAAAAAAA